CUCUCUCUCUCUCUCUCUCUCUCUCUCUCUCUCUCUCUCUCUCCUCUCUCUUCUCUCUGUCUUAAAUCAAUAGGAACAUAUCUUUGGUAAGGAUUAAAGGAGGGGAGAGUGCUUCACAUGUGUAUAAGGGCAAGAGUAACAAAUAUGACAGUUCUUUGUAGAUUCAAGGGUAAAAGAAUGCAUGAAAGUGUUAAACAGCCUGAUGAAAUCCUAACUCGGUAGUGGCACAAUUACUUAACAGAUUGGAUUAUUCUGCGGAGAAUUAGUGACCCCCUUCAGCCAAUGUAUUUGGAGUCCUAGUGUGUGCCUGGUUCUCUGCUGGGUGCUAAGGACCCAGAAAUGAAUCCAGCACCUUCCUUUGGCUCAGAGGGCAUCUGGUCUACUUCUCCCUUCUCCGUUAAAUCAUUUUGUCUCCAAGCCUUACAUAAUCAUUCUACCGCAGGGAGACCUAGUGUGAGUAACGUAAUUAUCCCCCCUUAAAGUUAGAAUGAAAUAACACCGACUUUUACUCUGAAAUCCAUGGAAAUGUAAAAUUUCCUGUUCUGUUGUCCUUGAUAAAAUAUAACAAAACAACUAGUUGCUGGGUUACUACAUAAAACACAGGCUCCAAACUGCAGUGGGGAAGAACAGUUAGCAAUUAAGUAACGGAAAUGACUAGUGGUUUGAAACCCAGCAGACUGCCCAGGCAUCUAGGUUACUUAGGCAACUUUUAUCACUAAGGAAGUAGUUCUGGUGACUCAUGCUCCUACCGAGUGGCUUCCUUCCUUCAAAACUGGUGCAUUCAGGGACCUUACCAUUAUGCAUCUCUCUUCUUUUCUUUGGACGAGGGCAGAAAAAGUGCAUUGGAUGGUAUGGGUUUAUUACUUAGGAGCAUAUUAUUCACUGGCUGGCCCAUAUCUUGAAAUUUAAUGGACUCACGGUGAUCAGAAUAAAGGAGAUGAAAAAUGGGAUUCAAGUCUCCUUUGAGAGUUGUCUAGAGGCGAUGGUUAUAAAAAUAAAGGAGCUGGAAGGACAGUCCUUUGCCAGUGUCUCUCUCCAGAUUCUCUGUCUACCUGCCUGAUGCUCCAACGCAGGAAGAAGAGGACAGAAGCCUGGAAGUCAAGGGCAAGGAAGAAUAAAAGAAGAGGGCAGCUGGUAAAAGGGUCCGAUCAUUUUGAAAAUGAAAAUUCAAGGAGUUCCCAUGACUUUUCUGGUCACUUUAAUUAAAGUCAAACAAUUCUCUGAUCACUUCUAAUUGAGAACAUUAAUCACGUGAUUUAUAAUCUGCAAGUCCUGUAAUAAGCAAAAUUUCAAUCUUGUGUUAAAGUUAUGUGUCUUCUCUCUCCUAGAUUGAGUGCUGGAUGCAAGGAGCCAUAGAAAAUGAGAAUACUGGAUUUCCCCCUCCCCUCCCUUCUCCUCUCCUCCCCUCUCUCCCUCUCUCCAUCCUCCUUCCUCAUCUUGCUAACUACGGGUUAGAGCUCAUAAACGGAAGAGGUGGGGGAGAAAAAGUUCUUACUGGGCAGGUGCUAUUGAUGAUCGAGUGUUGGUUUGCACCUCUGGUUUCAGCUUGCGUUUAAAACUGGCCCGUUUUCUAGCAGGUGCUUCUUGGGAGACUUCUCAUUAUUGGGAUGUCUCUCCCAACGCUCCCUUGACACACAGAAGUGCAUUUUUAUUUUGGCUUCCACAGAAGACUAUCGCCCAGAGUCUCUGGUGCUGGGGGUGCAUCUGCAUUGUGAUUGGGACUCCGGAGUGCUCAUGCUAAUCACAGAGGAAAGCUUUAAAUGAGAGCAUAUAUAUUUUUGAUGUUAAAAUUCAGACACAGACAUAUGUGUACAGAUAUGUGCAACUCUGAGCUCAUGCCAAAAAUGUCUCUGAUGACCUUGUGAUUGUUCUGUAGGAAAGUUCUCCUCUAAGACACCACGAGAUGCGUCCUUUUCCGUCUGCUCUUUUUCUCCUGGAAGUUUAUCAUGUCAUUGAGAGAACACAUCCACUGUCUCCUGUUUCUUUUCCCCCGUGACAGCCUAUGAACAAGAUGACUGGACACCAGAGAAAAAAGACGAAUCUUUGGCUACAAGGUCUGCUUUUAUAUCAUUUCAAUUUGAGCGGAUAAUUAACGUGUGGCCCAAUCAGGACCUCCUUUGCAAGUACUGAGUCAGCUACAGGACCUUCCUUGAAGCUGCAUGGCCCUCAGCAAUCAUUUCCCUUUCUUCCUUCCUCUUCAUGAUACAGAUGAAGAAACCAGGCUCAGUGCAGAGUCACACACAACAAGUUAUUGGCAAUGCCAGGGCUAACCUCAGGUCUCUGCUAUCUUUCUACCACGAAACCCUUCUUAUCUGAAAUAAGUGACCAAUAAAUGCAAAACAUUUGAAGUAUAAUACACUUUUACAAUUUAAACAUUCAUAGGACACAUCAGUGUGGAUCAGACAGUUCUGUAAUUCAGAUAACACUAGUUUCUGAGAAAUCAGUUACCUUAGUACAAGUGGUCCUCCCUAAUUUUUUCUUACAAGACCCGAGGCGGUAAUGGGAACAACACAGGGACACUUCAUAAUGAGAACAUUGCCUCUCUGGCAUAUAGCCUUUUUUUCUUUCUUGGUCUGUAAUCCAAUUUAUAGUAAUUUGGUCACUGGACCAUCCUGGAGAAGCAAGGCCCUAGCCCUUGGAGGACCAUAAAUAGUCCCAUAUUGCACUGAUCGCAUAUCCUAUGGAGGGGUGUUUUCCAAGCUAAAAUAUAAGUAGCGCCCCUAACAAUGAUAGCAGGCACCAGGGCUCUGCUGCACAGGUGCUACUUCCCUAUGUGUAACUCUGGGACCUUCUCUGGGGAAGAGGCCGGUCAGAUUUAUCGCCAUGACCCAAGCACGUGUUAGGUGCUCCAGGCUAAUGGGAAAAGGUGGGACAAUUCAGGCGUUCGAGGGACUUCUGGAGAAGCGGCAUGCCUGAAAAGUGAGUUUUCUGGAUUCCAAUGAUUUUGAGGCAAAGGCAAACUUUGCCCAACCACUGAGCUCCAGAUUUCUUCCCUCCCAAGGCCCUAGAAAACACUUAGAAGGGUGACGAAGCGCACAUGAGACCACAGAGCGGCUGCUAUUCACUGGUGAGACCUCAUGUUCCAUGCCCUGUGUCCCCUGUCGGCCCCUCCAGUCCCAGGCCCCAGCUGCCAGGUGAAGCCCUGAGCCUGAGCUGCAGGAAGGGGCGGAACUGAAAAGCCGCGGAACCCGAGGCCAGGGCGCAGCGCCGGCGGAGGGAGGAGAAGCUGGGGGACCGGCAGGCCUAGUUCCGGGGUGGCGGUGGCGGCGCGGGAAUGGAACCCCUGCGGGUGCUGGAGCUGUACAGCGGCGUGGGGGGCAUGCACCAGGCGCUGAGAGAAAGCGGUAUACCUGCACAUGUGGUGGCUGCCAUUGAUGUAAACGAUGUUGCUAAUGAAGUAUACAAGUAUAAUUUUCCUCAAACACAGUUACUAGCCAAGACAAUUGAAGGCAUUUCAUUAGAAGAGUUUGAUAGAUUAUCUUUCAAUAUGAUUUUAAUGAGCCCUCCCUGUCAACCAUUCACAAGAAUUGGUCUGCAAGGUGAUGUGACCGAUCCAAGGACGAAUAGCUUCUUAUAUAUUCUAGAUAUUCUCCCAAGGUUACAAACAUUACCGAAGUAUAUUCUUUUAGAAAAUGUUAAAGGUUUUGAAGUAUCUUCUGCAAGAGACCUGUUAAUAAAAACAAUAGAAAAUUGCGGCUUUCAGUACCAAGAAUUUCUAUUAUCGCCAACCUCUCUUGGCAUUCCAAAUUCAAGACUACGGUAUUUCCUUAUUGCAAAGCUUCAGUCAGAGUCAUUACCUUUUCAAGCCCCUGGUCAGGUGCUGAUGGAGUUUCCCAAAAUGGAAUCUGAACAUCCUCAACAACAUGCAAUAGAUGCAGUAAAUAAAAUUGAAGGAAAGAAAAUUGAACCAAAUAUUUGCUUUGAUAGCAGCAGACAGUGUUCAAGGAAAGAAGCCAUUCUUUUUAAGCUUGAAACUGCAGAAGAAAUUGAGCGGAAACAUCACCAGGACAGUGACCUCUCUGUGCAAAUGCUAAAAGAUUUUCUUGAAGAUGAUAUUGACAUGAAUCAGUACUUUUUACCACCAAAGUCAUUGCUGCGAUAUGCUCUUUUGUUAGACAUUGUUAAGCCCACUUGCAGAAGAUCCAUGUGCUUUACAAAAGGUUAUGGGAGGUACAUAGAAGGGACAGGAUCUGUGUUACAGACUGCAGAGGAUGUGCAGAUUGAGGAUAUCUACAAAUCUCUUACCAAUUUGUCACAGGAAGAAAAGAUAACAAAAUUGUUAAUGCUUAAACUUCGAUAUUUCACUCCUAAAGAAAUCGCAAAUCUUCUUGGAUUUCCUCCAGAGUUUGGAUUUCCUGAGAAUAUAACAGUGAAACAGCGUUAUCGACUACUUGGAAAUAGUCUCAACGUACAUGUAGUAGCUAAACUAAUCAAAGUACUAUACGGAUAAUCUUAAAUGACUUUGAAAGAUGGUUACAGUAUUCCUUCAUAUCCAGACGGUAAUUCUGAAAUUCCAGUUUAAUUAAUUUUGAUGAAAUUCAACUACAUUACCUUAAUCUCUCAUAACAAAUUUGAAUGUAUCACAAAAAUGCCAAUUUGUUUCCUUACAUUUAUAUUAUGUCUUUUGUAAAGUGAAAUUAUUGUUAUUCUUUAGGUGAAUAUAUUUUCACAUGAAGUCAUUAAAUAUAUAUCUAAUAUUCUUUUUUAUAAUAUGGUAUUAAAUAACUUUAGGAACAUUAGGAUUUUAAUGUUUUCAUCAAUAUUUUAUACAGAGACAUAAUAGGCAUAUUGUAAUGAAUCUGAGAAGUUGUAUUUUUUUGUGUUAAUUAAAGAAGUUGUUUUAUGAA